AGUGGUGUGUUGUGUUCUAUUUAUUGGUGCAACAUCGCAAACAUUCACUACCAUCCAGCGCAAAGCUCGAACGUUUUGUUUCGACAGAAAGAAAGAAAAGAAAAAAAGAGAGGGUGCAACAUAACACUUUCAUCAAAAGGGAGGAAAAUUCCACCAGCUAGCUAUCUUAGCGUUGGUGUUGUCGUUGGUAGAACCCAUGAACGUCGUGCGUUGUGCGUGGAAAUAGUGUUUGGCCCAGUUUUCCUGUUCAGCUGCGCCCGUACCCAGUUUGGGGUUCGGAUGAAAGAAUGGACAGCAAUCCACCCAAUCCGCAGCAGAGUGGCAGUGGGCCGACCCCCAGUGGCAGUAACGAACGGGACAUAGCCAGCAGAAGAAAUCGUCUAAUGCGCAUAACGCAGCGUACGAUUGACACGGACGAGAGCAGUCGCAGCAGUAGCAGCAGCAGCAACUUCAGCGACAUGGAAGAUAAUAAUAAUGAAGUGGAGGAGCGCGAUGAGCAGGGCGAAUUGGCAGCAAACAGUGGCACCAUCGAGCGAUUGCCAGAGGAUGAGGCGGUCCGACUGUUCGAAGACUACAUCCGCGAGCGGGAAUCUGCUGCGACAGAAAUUUACAACAUCGAGCUUCCUACCGAACAUGCGUAUCUGGGCCGAAUGGAACGGGUGAAAGGGGUGGAUUAUAUGGAACCGGGCAAAACCUACCGUCUGCUCAUCUACAGCCACCAUUCGAUAGUGUAUCCGGGCGAAAUAGUUCCACUCAUGCUGAACGAUUACAAUCCCUAUCGAGGCGACGAUCCGUCCGACGGCUGCAAACUGGGGCUCGUAUUUCAGAACCAGUACAACGACGGUGGACGUGUCUACGGCGUAACGUGCCAGGUGUACGAGCGUGGUCCCCAGGGUGUGUCGGCGCUCCUGAAAACAGUUGCCCAGCAACGGUUCUACAUCGUUCGGCAAUCGGACCGAAAGGCUGAUGUAAAAAUUCUUCCCGAAGUCGUGCUGCCUGAUCCGCUGAUCAGCUGCUGCUCAAACGCCAUGUUACGGUACGCGUACACCGACCGGAAGGACCGGUUGACGAGCUUUAAGCGCAUGCUGGCACAAACGACGGCCUGGCCCCCGUUUGUCUACGAUCAAUACGACAUGAAGGAGGUGAUGGCAAAGGUGGAGCGCUUUCUUUCGUCACUCAAAAUUACCAGCGUUCACACCGAUCAGGUGAAGCUCUCGUUCUGGUUGGCGCGCAACAUACCACUGACGGAGGAAUUCCGGAAGAUGAUUUUUUGCACCGAUUCCGUGUGGCGUCGCAUGCUGAUCAUCAACAAAGCGCUGGACCACAUGUGGUACUUCAUUUGCAAACGAUGCGAGAGUGAGAUCGCCAAUUAUGACGACAUGUUCGCUAUGUCGAAGCAGGGCGUUCAAACAAGCUACUGCAACCCGGCCGGCCACGUACACGACACGCUCACCGUCCACAAGACGAAGGAAAAUUCGACCCUUCCCGUGGACCGGCCCUCAACGAACUUUAGCUGGUUCCCAGGCUACUCGUGGCAAAUCAUCGUAUGUGCCAACUGUCGGCAGCACCUUGGAUGGAAGUUCGUGGCAGAGAAGAAGAACGUCCUGCCGAAAAGCUUCUAUGGCCUGACCGGCGCCAACAUUACCGUCAAAUCGCACGGAGAUCUGCAGAAAACUGAGGACGAGUUUGACCUUACGCCCGGAACGCUGGCGAGCGACGAGCACGAAUACUAUGAACAACUGUCCGGGUUUGACACGGACGAGGAGGUAUACUGAGCUUUCCGCCAAAGGGCGGAGGGUGAGCGAAGUGUUGUCUUUUGAUACUCUUUACUGUAUCGUUUUUUUUUUUUGUUAAGGAGGGUUAGGGAAGAAGAUUGCGGUGUGUUUCUGCUGUUCGAUUUGUUGGUUCUUUUAGCGACCUUUGAACCUUUGUUUGGUCGAGUGUCGAGACGGGGUUUCAAUCAGCAUGGAAUGUUUAAUUCGGCUUGUUUUACUGUGCAUGGAAUAAAUGUAACAAAACUUUGAAAACAUUUUAUGAAACAAAGGGCCACAUAAACCUUUACCUACAGUGAUUGUACUUUGGUGGCACAUAACCCCGCCAAAUUAACGAAAUAUCAAUCGUCACGUUGUCAAUCUCGGUGUAUCUAUCUAUCUGUCCUUACAUAAACAUUCUCACUGGGAGAGAAGUAAAUGGAAAUCUGUGUGUUAAGCUGGCCUGAACAUCAAAGAUGAGAACCAUAUACCAUAUGUGUUUCGUAUCUAUCGACAUAAACAAGCUGUACAACUACUACCUGUAA